AUGUCAGAUGCAGAAGAGGCAGGGUACAUCGGUGAAAAGCUCUUUUCUGUGGUGAAGGUCAGUGAAUCAAAACUAUAUCCACGCCUGAACACAAUACUCAGGAUUGCUGCAGCACAGAUCUUGACUCCAGAGUCUGACGCAAUAACUCAAGAGAUGAGAGAACUUGAGGACUUCCCCGUGCAGAAGCCGUGCUGGUUUUCCCUGAGCAGGCUUUGUCCUUCCGUGUGUCUGACAAUUAAUUCUGACUUUGAUUACAGAUUUUUCCAAUAUGCCCGGGACAGGCAUUCGGAUGACCGGCCUAUGUGGGGACCAUCUGUGAAGAUGGAAGCGGAGGUCUCUGAGGAGGAAGGGUCUCCCUUGGAGGAAGAGCAGAAGACUCAGGCCCAGGAGCCUGCCCAAGACGGCCUCUCACACGGCAGUGAGGAGACGGAGGAGGUGGCUGUGUUUUUCACCGAGGCUGAGUGGGCCCUGCUGGAUCCAGACCAAAGAGAUCUCUACAGGGAAGUCAUGCUGGAGAACUAUGGGAAUGUGGCCAAAGCAGGGAUGUACAAGAGGCUGCAGUGCAGACAGACGAAGGGCUGGAGAGUCUCUCAAGAGGAUCUCAACACAACAGUCCCUUCCCAAGUGAGCUGGCUGCCACAGGAGAUGUUGAAGAGCCAGUUGGGGAAUUUCAUGGGUUCCCACUGGAAAAAGCAAAGACUGAACAAGCUGAAGGAAACUUCGAGAACAGAGAUGAACCACAGAGGCAGGAAGGAAAUUAGAACCCACACAGGGGACAAAUCUUUUGAAUGCUCAGAGUGUGGAAAGAGAUUCAGUCAGAGUGGAAAUCUUCAACAGCAUCAGAGAACCCACAGAGAAGAGAAACCAUUUGAAUGUUCAGAGUGUGGGAAGAGAUUCAGUGCAAAUGGCGAUCUUCGAAAGCAUAAGAGAACUCACACAGGGGAGAAACCUUUUGAAUGCUCAGAGUGUGGAAAGAGAUUCAGUGAUUAUUCCAGCUUUCACCAGCAUCAGAGAACCCACACUGGGGAGAAACCUUUUGAAUGCUCAGAGUGUGGAAAGAGAUUCAGUGCAAAUGGUGAUCUUCAACGGCAUAAGAGAAUCCACACAGGGGAGAAACUGUUUGUAUGCUCAGAGUGUGGAAAGAGAUUCAGUUGGAGUUCUAGUCUUCAGUAUCAUCAGAGAACCCACACAGGGGAGAAACAUUUUGAAUGCUCAGAGUGUGGAAAGAGAUUCAGUUGCAGUGGCACUCUUCAGCAGCAUCAGAGAACACACACCGGGGAAAAACCUUUUGAAUGCUUAGAGUGUGGAAAGAGAUUUAGUAGCAGUGGCAAUCUUCAAAGGCAUCAAAGAGCCCACACAGGGAAAAAGACUUUUGAAUGCUCAGAGUGUGGAAUGAGAUUCAGUGUGAGUUCCAGUCUUCAAAAGCAUCAGAGUACCCACACUGGGGAGAAACCUUUUGAAUGCUCAGAGUGUGGAAAGAGAUUCAGCUGGAGUUCCAGUCUUCAAAAGCAUCUAAGAACCCACACAGGGGAGAAACCAUUUGAAUGCUCAGAGUGUGGAAAGAAAUUCAGUGAGAGUUCCAGUCUUCAAAAGCAUAAGAGAAUCCACACAGGGGAGAAACCUUUUGAAUGCUCAGAGUGUGGAAAGAGAUUCAGUCAGAGUCCCUAUCUUCUACGGCAUAAGGGAACCCACACAGGGGAGAAACCAUUUGAAUGCUCAGAGUGUGGAAAGAGAUUCAGUGUAAAUGGCGAUCUUCAAAAGCAUAAGAGAACCCACACAGGGGAGAAACCAUUUGAAUGCUCAGAGUGUGGAAAGAGAUUUAGUGUGAAUUCCAGUCUUCAGUAUCAUCAAAGAACCCACAAAGGGGAGAAACCUUUUGAAUGCUCAGAGUGUGGAAAGAGCUAUAGUUUGAAUUCCAGUCUUCGGUAUCAUCAAGGAACCCACACGGAGAAAUCUUUUGAAUGCUCAGAGUGUGGAAAGAGAUUUAGUGUGAAUUCCAGUCUUCAGAAUCAUCAAAGAACCCAUACAGGAGAGAAACCUUUUGAAUGCUCAGAGUGUGGAAAGAGAUUCAGUCGGAGUUUCAGCCUUCAAAAUCAUCUAAGAACCCACACAGGAGAGAAACCAUUUGAAUGUUCAGAGUGUGGAAAGAGAUUCAGUCAGAGUGGAAAUCUUCACCAGCAUCAGAGAGCCCACACAGGAGAGAAACCAUUUGAAUGUUCAGAGUGUGGGAAAAGAUUUAGUCAAAGGAUUUAUCUUCAACGGCAUCAAAGAACCCACACAGGAGAGAAACCAUUUGAAUGCUUAGAGUGUGGAAAGAGAUUCAGUAAAAAUUCCAGUCUUCAUCAGCAUCAGAGAACCCACACUAGGGAGAAA